UGCGCGGAGCUUUACGGCUGUCGUGCUUCACGUGCCAGCCGGCAUGGAGGCAGAAGGCUGGGAGAAGGAAGCGGUGGAGCAAGAGCCGCUGGAAGGGGGAAACCAAAACCCAGAGCCGAGGGAAGAGCAGGAGGAGCCGGGAGAAGAGCAGGAGGAAUGCAGCGGCAAAAAACGGGUAGUGCCGGGAAUUGUGUACCUGGGUCACAUCCCGCCGCGCUUCCGUCCCCUGCAUGUACGCAACCUUCUCAGUGCCUAUGGCGAGGUCGGGCGCGUUUUUUUCCAGCCCGAAGAUGGGUUCGUGCGGCGUAAAAAAAAGAAGGCGGCCGCGGGCACUGGAGAAAAGAAGCGGUCCAAGUACAGCAAGGACUACACCGAGGGUUGGGUGGAGUUCCGGGACAAGCGUGUGGCCAAGCGGGUGGCGGCCAGUCUGCACAAUACGCCCAUGGGUGCCCGUAGGCGCAGCCCCUUUCGCUAUGACUUGUGGAACCUCAAGUACUUGCAUCGUUUCACCUGGUCCCACCUCAGUGAACACCUGGCCUUUGAGCGCCAAGUGCGCAGGCAGCGCCUGAGGGCCGAGGUUGCCCAGGCCAAGCGUGAGACUGACUUUUACCUUCGAAGUGUGGAGAAGGGAAACCGCUUCCUUGCUGCUGAAGGGGAUCCUUCCCGCCCCAAUGGCUCCUGGACCUUUGCGCAGCGCCCCACUGAGCAAGAGCUGAGGGCCCAGAAGGCAGCCCGUCCAGGGGAUCGUGAACGGGCUCGUCUGGCCACUGCUCAGGAACAAGCCCGCUCUAACCGAGGGCUCCUUGCCAAGAUCUUUGGAGCUCCACAGCCCUCAGAAGGCAGGGAGGGACCCUCAGUGACCAGGAAUUCCUAAGGGGCAGGGAGGUCCCUCCCACCUCUUGGCCCUACCCUGUUUCCUGCCUACAUUUUACUAGAGUGCUAGUGACUAUUCAGGCAGGCAUUUUAUUGUGUUUCUCAGAUCAGGAGUGUCUGGUGAGGACCUAAACAUGAAAGUUGUGUGACUCUCCUUGCCAUUGCCCUCUGUACAUACCUGCCUUUGGUACCUAAUUCAUACUAGCAUAAUUACGACUUCUAUAGGUGCCAGUUUUUUUCUUAUCUGACUCCUGGCUGCCUGCACUCCUGCCCGGUGAGGCCCCCUAAAAAUCCCACUUCCUGGACCCAAGGAAGGGCCUUUACUUUCAACCAGAGCCAUAAUGGCUAUCCCAGGCAGUGGUGUCCUAAUUACCAGCCACAGGGGAGGGCAGUAGCACCAUCUUUUUUAUUUCGAAAAAGUAAAUGGGCAGAGAUUACUGGGGUGGGCCACCUUGCAAAUGUAUUUAUAGAAUAGGCAAGGAAAAAAAUAGUGUACGCACACUAUGCUCUUUAGUUUCUGGGGGGAUGUUGUGCAAGUUCCAUUUUCCAUCUCCUUAUACCCUUUUGACUCACCAUCACUCCAUUUCCCAACCUCAGAAGCCGGCCCCCCCUUGCAUCAUCUAUUGUUGUUAAGUGCUCUCCAGUUGUUUCUGACUCAUUGCGACCCCAUAUGUGCAGAGUAGAGCUGCUCCAUAGUCGUUUCAAGGCUCUGAGUUUUUGAAAGCAGAUUCCCAGGCCUGUCUUUGAAGUCACUCCAGGUGGGUUUGAACCGUCAACCUUUCGGCUAGUAGUUGAAGAGUUAACUGUUUGUGUCACCCAGGGACUUCUAAACCCAACUCUCUCACUGCCUCAGAGCCCUCCUUUUACCUUUUCAUAGUUACUUCACUCAGAGCCCAUAUUCAUCCAUUGGAGAAGGUUUGGCAGAACUACAGAAAGCCCUCCAUUCGAGAGUUACAGGCUAGCAGGCAGCACCACUGGAGAGCAGCAGUAGAUUGGUGAUGGCACAUCCAGGGUAGAAGGAGCAGCAGGCAGGUGGGUGAGAUGGGAUUCAAAGGUGCCAGCUUGGGCCGAGGCAUCAGGCCCCAAGGGUGCAGAAAAGCGUAAUGAGGUCAUCUAGAAAGACGAUGCUGUGGGCCCAGGUUACAAGUGUGAUGAAGUAUAGCGUCAGCCUGAAACAGGUCUAGGCCACUACUUGCAGUUUGCCCAGGAACGCACGCGGCAGUUAUGAUACACCCAUUUUCCAGGGUUGGUAGAGUGGUGAUGUAGUGCACUGUCACCUGUGGACCCGCAGGGACUGCUGGUCUGCCUAUAAGUGGAGAAAGGGCUUUCCAGGGCCUGACCACCCGGGACUGACCAUAGACAUUCUGGCCCCACCUGAUUUCUCCUAAUUGGUUGGGUUGGAUGCCGAGUAGUUCUGUCUUCUUAUUGUUCCUCUCUGGCUUCACAAUGGGGGUGUCUCAGGCUGAAUAGAGAGCCUGGGUGGGGAGGUGGCCAGAGGAGUAGGGAUCACACCAGUCCAAGGAAGGUAGGGGCAGGAUCCAGUGGGGACCACACAAAUAGACAGUUCACUUUGAGUAAGUUAAUAAAGUGACUACAUAAUAAUCACGUAGUCGUCUUAUUAAGUACUAUUUUUCUUUGCUUGUACACUAGAUACUGUCCUCUCAGGAUGUUUCUUUAACUAUGCCACAUCAUUUUUUAUCUUCUUGAGCUUUCAUAUGCACAUGGAAACAUGACAUUUUCACAAUCUUAAAAUAAAUGUCUCCUAUCUCCCCAAAGUUCUGCCAGCUACUGCCCCAUUUCUUCACUCCCCACAUCAGCGUAACACCUUGAAAGAAUUAUCACUUGCUGCCUCUAGUUUGUCUUUGUGUUCUGUUUUAAACCCUGGUGGCAAAGUGAUUAAGUGCUCGGCUGCUAACUGAAUGGUUGGUGGUUCAAACCUACCAGCUGCUCCACAGGAGAAAGGUGGCAGUCAAGUUCCGUAAAGAUUAGAGCCUUUGAAACCAUAUGGGACAGUUCUGUGUCGUAAAGGGUCACUGUGAGUCAGAAUCAACUCGAUGGCAAUGGGUUUGAUUUUGGUUUUAAGUCAGGCUUAUGCUCUCACUUUUACCGCUUAAUGGGAAUGGCUUUUGUCAAAGUCCUUAACGAUCUCCCAUCUUGUUAAGUGAAUGGUCAAUUCUCAGGCUCCUCCUACAUGACUCACGGGCAGCAUUUGUGACACUGAUUCUUGGUACAUUAUCUUCAUUUGGCUUCCAAAAAAAACCCAAACCUGUUGCCUUUGUGUUGGCAACAGAGACCCAGCAGGACAGUAGAACUGUCCCAUAUGGUUUCCAAGGAGUGGCUGGUGGAUUUCAACUGCUCACCUUUUGGUUAGCAGCCGAAUGUACCACUUGGCCAGCAGGGCUCCAUUUGGCUUUCAGGGCACCACAGUCUCAGUUUUCCUAGUAGCUGCUUCUCAGUAUUGGCUCCUUCUCUGCAUCAAGACUUCUUAACAUUGGUUAUUCCAGGGCUUAGUUCUUGGACCUCUUCUCUUAUUGUUGGUGGUUGAAUUGUGUCCUCCCAAAAUAUGUGUCAACUUGGCUAGGCCAUGAUUCCCAGUCUUAUGUGAUUGUCUGCCAUUUUGUCAUCCGAUGUGAUUUUUCUAUGUGUUGUAAAUCCUAUCUCUGUGACAUUAAUGAGGCACAAUUAGAGGCAGUUAUGUUAAUGAGGUAGGACUCAAUCUACAAGAUUAGGUUGUGUUUUAAAUCAGUCUCUCUUGAGAUUUAAAAGAAGCCAGCAGAGACAUACCACCAAGAAAGUAGUGCCAGGAGCAGGGCGUGUCCUUUGGGCCUUGGUUCCCUGUGCUGAGAAGCUCUUAGACCAAGGGAAGACUGACAACAAGGACCUUCCCCCAGAGCCGACACAGAAAGCCGUCCGCUGGAGCUGGUUCCCUGAAUUCGGACUUCAACUAGAGUGUGAGAGGAUAAAUUGCCGUGUGUCAGAGCCAUCCACUUGUGGUAUUUCUGUUAUAGGAGCACUAGGCAAGACAUCUAUCAGUGCCCCAUCUCUUGGAAAUCUCUAAUCUGAUUAAUUUAAAUACCAUCUACAUGUAGAUAACUCACAGCAUUUGAUCUCCAGUUCAAACUGUCAGGUAAACUCCAGACUCAUAUGCUCUUACGUACUCAUCUUCAAUUAGAGGUUAAUAGUCAUCCCAAUCUUAUUUCCAAAGGACUCCUAUUCUCCCUCCACUCCCAAACCUACCCCACCUACUGUCAUCCCCAUCUCAGUGAAUGUGAAUUCCUUUAUUCUAGGUGCUCAGGCCAAAAGCUGUGGGGUCAUCCUGAUCCUGUUUAUUCAUUUACGUAUUUAAUUCUUAGUACAGUUUAUUGGUCAAUUAACUAAUUCAGCAUUUACUAACCCACUGUGUGAAAAAUGCAUGACAACGGAUAAUAACACAUGGCCCUGGGCACUAUGAGUCAUAAAAAAAACAAACACAAGACCAUUGCCGUUGAGUGGAUACCGACUCACAGUGACCCUAUAGGACAGAGUAGAACUGCCCCAUAGGGUUUCCAAGGAGUGCCUGGUGGAUUCAAACUACUUACCUUUUUUGGUUAGCAGACAUAGCUCUUAACAACUACACUGCUAGGGUUUCCGUGAGUCUUAAACAGGCCAAUAGAAUAAGACGGGCAUUUAAGAAACAAAUAUACAGAGGUACCACAGGCAUUGUGGUAGAUGUGUGUAAGAGAUGAGUGGGGACCAUGUGAAGGCCUGGCUGACUACCUGGGAAGGUCAGCAGUGCCCUCAAUGCAGAGCCAAUCUGUGAUCACAGUCUUCAGAGAUGGCUCAGUCUUCAAGUUUUCCAGGUCAUUCCUGAAAAGUAAACUGGGAAAACAACACAGCAGUGUCUGAAAGAACCCGGUGUGCUCCUAGAAUUGCAAACAGGGCUGCAUGGAGGGAGUAUUGCGUUAGAACUAAUUGAAAGGUGGACAAGGCCCAGAAGAGAGGUUGGGCAGAAAGGAUGCCCUUCAGAUCGACUUACACGUGUUGGGACUUAAAUAAUGGAGGGUUCAGCACACAAGCAGUUCUGGAGGCUGCAAAGAAUCAGUGCAAGCCACUAGGAGGACCUGAAAACUCAGGUGUCAUGAUAAACUAAGAAAUCUGUACACAAUCCCACAUAGAUUAAGACUCUGAUCAACUCUGUUAAAUUCACAGGAAGUAGAGGGUGAUUUUUUUUUUUUUUAAGAGGGUGAUUAUAAAAAUUAGAUGAUUUUGGUUUUUGUAUAUGUUGUUUCUUUAGCUUGUUUUUUCCUCCUCUGUCACUGAUGUAAUUAUCCAUGUGUUUUCUGGGUGAUGUGGGUUCAGCCACUUCUUUAUCCUGGCUCUAAAAUAGCGAUGUUAAAAUAUUAAUUUGAUAGACCUAUUUUAUUUGAGAGAAUAAAAAUGACCAGACAGUAAACAUU